AUGGGUGCUGAUGGACAUUUUCGAGUGACCUUAUCCCUGAGGAGGGAACCGGCUGCGGGUCCAGUUUACUGUAAGAUGGAAACGUCAGCGCGAUUCAGGCAGCUGAAAACGGUCAAACUGAGCUGCGAGGCUACCUAUCGGCUGGACAUCAGCUUCAAACCGCCGCAACUGUUGGAGUCCCUGACAAUCGGCGGCAAGCAAGUGGAAACGAUCGAGCGCGCGCGCGACGGCACGGCCUGCGCGUACAGCGCUUACCACAACACGAAGGACAUACCGGCGAGCGCACGUGGCCACCGCGAGGAGCUGCCGAUCGCCAUGCGGGUAUUCGGCUCAGGUUUUCUGACCACCUGCCUGCAGAUCAAGUAUUACCGACAAGACGACCAGAGCCAUUGCGAAUGGGGCGCACGACUGCACUGCAUCGAGCUCGACUGUUCGAGUGUGGAGGGCCGUUUGGUCACGGUCGACCGUGAAACAUAUCGGAAGCUAGGCAUAGAAUCCUAG